AUGGCGGACGUCGACGUGCAGGACCGCGAGCUUCGACUCCUUCCUUCGCCAGCGGACUGCAGCCGUGCUCUCUUGGAGCUCGAGGACCAACGCCUGGCACUGGACGAGCUGGAGCGUCUGCAGAGAGCUUCCCCCACGAAGAAGGAGCUGGAGUUGUUGGCUGAGGCACGGAAGCUGCAACCCUCUGCACGGCUGGGCCGAAGAGAGGAGUACUGGGAUCAGCUCGCACAAAUCCCUUCCUUUGCCGAGCGAAUGGAGUGCUGGCACUUCAUCCGGACAUAUCGGGAGCGGGUUUCGUGCCAAAGUCAGCAUCUCGAGGACCUCUCGGAUGUCUUUGAAAGCCUGGAGAACUCCGAGGCGGUCCCUGCCCUGCUCGCGCUGAUACUGGCCACUGGAAACUGGAUGAAUCGAGGCACUGAAUUUGCGGAUGCGCCUGGAUUUGACAUUGAAGUGUUGGAAAGGCUCCACAGCAUCAAGGGGGCUGAUGGCAGGAGCCUGCAGCAUUUGCUCUUCAUGGUCUUCUUCGACUCCUUGAAUAGCCAGGCGGCUGAGUUCGUCGAGGCUUUGGGGCCCCUGCUUCAAAACGUCAGUCGCCGAGUCGUCCAAGAUGCUGAGGAAGCAAAGAUCAGCAAGGCCGUCCACCUUACACUGGAAGAGUGUGAUGAAGCUGUCUCCUCCAUCCACGAGGCUGCCUUGGACAUCCAGGCCACUCUGCGAAAGUGCACGGAGGACCUGGAUCCGGCAGACCCCGUGAAGCUUCGCCUGCAUCGGGAGUUUGCCGCAGCCGCGAAGCUGAUCGAGAGCUUGGUUCAGUUGCGGAACGCCGUCAAGAGCCGGUACGACCGCGUGCUGCAGUGGCUUCAGGUGUCGGAAUGCAGGAGCGCCGACUUCUUCCUGCUGUGGGACAACUUCUUGCUGCCUGGAGACUUGCUUGCAGCGCGCCUUUGCGACGCGCAGCCAGCAACUCCACGCGAAAGGACCUUGGAUGUCGAGGCCAUCUUUUGCCAGGACGAAGCCUUUGGCCUGGCGGAGCUCCAGGAGCUGUGGCAGCUUGAGGAGCUGGGGAGGGACCUCGCCGAAGAGGGCGACCCACCGUUUCAGAGGCAGCUGUCAAGAUCGCCGGCGAAUGCAGAGGACGAGGCGCUGGCCAGUCCAAGCUCACCCGCUCCGACCGGUUUCACCUGUGCCGGCAGGGGAGAUGUACGUUUUGCCCCCCUGCAGUGGAGGACACUGGCGCUCGACUCAAACAGCCAGACCGUUUGGAGCCGUGCCGAGGGGCAACUUGUGCCGAUCCCAACCUUGGAGCUGGAGACAAAGUUCUCCGCGGAUGCCAUCGCCGACGCGGAUCGGAAGAGGCUUGCCAGAGAGGCGAGCCGACGGAAUGAAGAGACUGCGCAGGCCAGUGCUGCUCGCUGGGCAGUGUUGGCGCAGCAGCUGCCGAGACAGGAGGAUGUGGUGCACAUUCUGCAGGAUCUGGAUCCAGCAUCAGACAGGGCCCAGUGCACAGUUCAGCAGCUGGGGAAGGUGCUUGAGCUUCUUCAGCACCAGGUGGAGGUCACAGAAGGUCCCGAGUUCGUGUUCCGAAGAGCCCUGGGCAGUGUGCCAGACUGCAAGGAGCGGCUCCUGUUCACGCUGGCGAUGAUGACCUACAGGCAGAAGGCUACAACGUGUAUGGAGGGGCUCGAGGAUGAUCCGACGCGUUUCUUGAACUGCUCUGAAGCACUGCACCCACCAAGCAACGACCUGCGGGCUCACUUUGACGUGCUCGUCUCCACGCCGUCUGUGUCCGUGAAUGUGGCCCUUUUUGCUAUGUUUUAUGAGGAUCGGCAGAUGAACACCAUGUGGUUUCGCGGCACAAAGUGCGGCAAUCCCAUCUCCUGUAUCCGCUUCACACACCUGCCACAAAUGAAGUACGGCAUGCCCCUUCCGCAGAUAGUCGACUUCAUCAAAGAGUUUACAGACCGACCAGUGCCGAAUUUCCAGGACAUCUGCAAGCGCGUAGGUGUCAGCCGUUCCUCUUCGUCCAGGAGCCUCUUUCAGUUUCUCCUCCAGAAGGAGGCGUUUCUGGGAUACCGGCUCAUGCAGAAAGUCCGGCUCAGCGGCGUAGUAGAAGCAGAUGGGACGGCCCUCAAGUUGUACAAACGACGGGGCCACAACAACUUCGUUGCCUUAUGGGGGCUCGUCGAGCGGCCGCAGAACCAGCAGCCGCCGCGGAUGGUCGUGUACAUGAUGCCUGUGAAGCAAGUGGCGCACAACGCUGUGUGCCCUGUAGAAAGCAGAGCUGACGUCUUGUCCUGCAGAGGCUUAGAGCAUCUCGUCAGCCAAGAGACCGACAGCGGCAAGGUCGCCAGCUUACUUGUGACGGACGGCGCCCAGCUGUAUGAGCGGCUUGCCAAGGAGCAUAGCCUCAAGCAUCGGUACGUUGUCCACUCCAAGGGUCAGUUUGCCAAGAAGCAGCGCAUCAGUGGCCGAGGCACGAUCAAUGUAAACACUGGUUUGAUAGACCAGCGGUGGUCUGGCAUCAAACAAUACAUCCCAAAGAGCUUGAACGGUAGCAGCAAGGAAGCCAAGACGCCUACUUUUUGCCCGCACCUGUGGGCGUACUUGUACAGUUGGUGGCUGAGAACACAUUUCCCGAGCGCAAAGCGCCGCAGGGAACUGCUUGCUCAGGCCGAAGAAGACUUAGCGCGAGAUGACCUACACUUUCUCAGCCACGCGCUGCAGGAGACACCAAGCCAAGAGAACAUUCUGGACAGCCCAUGGACAAAGAAGUACAAGAGGUGGCACGUCGCACAGACCUCCGGAAUCACGAAGCUUCAGAAGAAGGCUGCGUGGAAUCCACAUGUGCUCCUGAGUAGCGCAGCGAGUAGUAGCACAAGUGGUCCUAGCGUGCCAUGCGAAGACCGCGUGGAAGACUCUGGUGAAUGUGAUGAUUUCAUCGAAGACUUCAGCCCCGAAGUUGAGGCAGACUCCUCAAACAUGAAUGAGAUACCGCCAGAAGUAGAAGAGCAGCUACAGCAGGAGCGAGGUUUGAUAAAGUAUAGCGUGCCUGCUGUUGCAGAUCGACAGCGGCGCUUCAAAUGGGGCGGCUGUCCGCGCCACACAAAGUGGAGCCUUCAAGUCCAUGUCGUGCGCUCCGGCCCCUCAAAGGGAGCCAUAUUGCUGCGAUGCAGCGGCUUCUGGAAGCGGGGACGAGACCAGAAGCGGUUGUGCUUUUGGAACUGGCCCUUCCCCAUGGGAUUGUACAGCACCUUGCCAGCUAACAUUAAGGAGCAGUACGAAGACCUGAACAUGGCACUUGCACGCGGAGCCAGAUGA